GGGAAAGCAAGUGCAAAGCAAAGAAAUGUAUCAAUAGCUUGGAUAGAUUAUGCUAAAGCAUUUGACUCGGUUCCACAUAGCUGGCUGUUGUAUGUUCUCCAGCUCUACAAGGUGAAUUCCGCAGCAGACUUGAUAGGGUUCUAAAAGGAAAACUAUCUGCAAAUAAUUGCAUCAAGGCUGUGAAUACUUGGGUGAUCCCAGCAUUGACCUACACCUUUGGAAUUCUGAAGUGGUCAGAUACUCGAUUGGAGCAGAUUGAUAGGUGUGUCAGGACAAGGAUGACUAAAUUCAGGAUGCAUCAUCCACGUGCCUCAGUUGCUCGAUUUUACCUACCAAGGAGUAUGGGAGGUCGCGGUUUGAUGAGGGUAUCAAGGUUGUGUGUAAGACAGGAAACGAAGUUAAGAUCUUACUUCCAGAAUGCUGAUUCAGAUUUGUUUGUGAAGGUAUGCCAGCUGUAUAAUGGUUACACAGCCCUUGAUUUAAGAAACCAAAGAGGGAGCGAGCUGCUAUCUGCUCAAGACCUAAAAGAAGAAUGGAGGACAAGAGAGUUAUAUGGACGGUUUUAUGGGCACCUUAAUUCAGAGCCAACAGAGUAUAUGUUGCGCCAUAACAAUGUGGCAAAAAUUGUGCACUUGGAGCUGCAGAUCAAGUUUUGGAAUAUUGCAGAGGUCCUCCCUUACUAUAACUAUCAGCCUCCUCCUCUGGUUGAGUUCAAUCACGUCAAGAUCUACUGGGAUGUCCAAAUGAUUACAGACAGGCGAGUAGUACACAACAAGCCAGACAUCCUAGUAUUGGAUCAGCUGGAGAAGAGAGCUUAUAUAAUUGAUAUAGCUGUACCUUCAGAUGAGAAUGCUCAGAAGACCAGAGGUCUACAAUAA